GGACCUCAAACUUGCAGUAACGGCUACUACCAAUCAGGUUCAUCAUCUUUAAUCUUAAAUUCUUGAGCUUUGAUAAUCAAUUGCUUCUAUUACCUAUACAUAGAGUAUAAUUUUCCUUCUUACUUCAAUGGACAAUCUAUUUUGGGCAAUUAAAUAUUUUAGUAAUUGUUAGCAAUUCAGCAUUGUUUUUGUUUUCAAAUGAAGUUUAUGGUCUUGGGAUCGAUUUGGGUACUGGGUAGGAGAGAAAUUGAUGAUCAUUCACAAUUGAAGAACAUGGAUUAGGAGAGUAUUGUAGCAUCAACAAAUGGAGGGUGUUACAGCGUUGAUGCGGCCGAUGCCUGUUUCCAUAAAGUUUGGAGUUACGUUGCCGAGAGUCUAUCUCAAAAGAUCAACUCCUAAUUAUUUCAGGAAACAUAAUGCUUGUUUGAUUCAUGCUCAGCAGCUAGACUCCAAGGAAAUAUCUGCGACAGUUCCACCACCUGUUACUGAUUCCCAAGAGAAUGCUCUUAAACUACAAGAAUCGGAGGGUGUACGGUUACAACAGGAAGUCCUUUCUAGUCAAGGAAUAACGAUAAGAAGACGACCACCAACUGGACCGCCUUUGCAUUAUGUGGGACCUUUUGAGUUCCGGAUACAAAAUGAAGGCAAUACUCCGCAAAAUAUUUUGGAGGAAAUAGUUUGGUACAAGGACGUAGAAGUCGCACAGUUGAAAGGGAAAAAGCCUCUUCUUGCAUUGAAAAAAGCCCUUGCCAACGCUCUUCCAACGAGGGAUUUUAUCGGUGCUUUAAAAGCUGCUGAACAAAGAACAGGAUUGCCUGGUUUAAUUGCGGAGGUCAAAAAGGCGUCACCAAGUAGAGGUGUUCUACGAGAGGAUUUUAAUCCGGUUGAAAUAGCCAAAGCUUACGAGAAAGGUGGCGCUGCUUGUCUUAGUGUUCUGACCGAUGAGAAAUUUUUUCAAGGAAGUUUUGAGAAUCUGGAGGCUAUACGUAAUGCUGGAAUUCAGUGUCCUCUGUUAUGCAAAGAAUUUAUCGUGGAUGCUUGGCAAUUGUUCUACGCUAGGGUUAAGGGGGCAGAUGCUGUUCUCUUGAUUGCUGGCGUUCUGCCUGAUCUAGAUAUUAAGUACAUGAUCAAGAUAUGCAAAAUGCUGGGACUAACAGCACUUGUCGAGGUGCAUAAUGAAAGGGAAAUGGAUCGUGUGCUUGGAAUAGACGGUAUUGAAUUGGUGGGAAUCAACAAUCGUGAUCUGGAGACGUUCACUGUUGACAUUAGUAACACAAAAAAACUUCUUGAUGCAAGACGUACAGAAAUCAUUCGUGAAAAGGAAAUCAUAGUGGUUGGUGAGUCUGGACUUUUCACGCCGGUUGAUAUUGCUUUCGUACAAGAAGCUGGUGUCAAUGCGGUCUUGGUUGGCGAAUCACUAGUAAAACAACCCGAUCCUUCCAAGGGGAUUGCUGAUCUUUUUGGUAAAGAUAUCUCUGUCUGAAACACAAAUCAUAAAGCAACAAUUUUGGAUACCAAGCAAAGUUUUAAGCUUGUAAACUUAUGGUUAUGCUUACUCUUUAAUUUCCUCCCUGUUUUUUUUAGCACAUUGUGCUGCUGCUACUUGAUUCUAUCCACUAAUCGAUUCUUAUAAGUAAUAAAUUCAAGGCUGUCCCCAUUGUAAGUUCCCCUUCAUAGACGGUGUAUAUAUUGUUGUAUGCAUGUAUGUAUGUAGUCGAGUCAAUUCUUAUACGUAAUAACUUUGAGGUCGUCUCUA